ACUCCCAUGAGCACCCAGGUUUGUACACUACUUCCGGUAGCGUGUUUUUCUGCGCCCAUCGGUUGUCGAGACGGAAGUGUGGUUUAAUGCUGUGGCGAUGCCCUUGGAGGUGACAUGGCCCUUCCCACAAUGCCCCCGCCUGGGCUGGAGAAUAUCCAGCCGAGUGGUCAUGGGAAUGGUGGGCUCAUACAGUUACCUUUGGACCAAGUAUUUUAACUCGCUGAUGGUGCACAACCAGGACGUCUUGUUGAACCUGGUUGAUGAGCGUCCUCAGGACACACCCCUUAUCACAGUAUGCAAUCAUCAGUCCUGUAUGGAUGAUCCACACAUCUGGGGAGUCCUUAAGUUCCGGCAGUUGUGGAACCUUAACAAGAUGAGAUGGACACCUACUGCCUCUGAUAUCUGUUUCACAAGAGAAUUUCACUCCAGUUUCUUCAGCAGAGGGAAAUGUGUACCUGUUGUUAGAGGUGAUGGAGUAUAUCAGAAAGGAAUGGAUUUCCUUUUGGAAAGGCUGAAUCAAGGGGAAUGGAUACACAUAUUUCCGGAGGGUAGAGUUAACAUGUCUGGAGAGUUCAUGAGGAUAAAAUGGGGAAUUGGACGUUUGAUUGCAGAAUGUUCUCUUCACCCAAUAAUUUUACCUAUGUGGCAUAUAGGUAUGAAUGAUGUUCUACCAAAUGAGACUCCAUACAUUCCUCGACGGAUAACUGUUUUAGUAGGAAAACCGUUCACAGUCAGGCAUCUGGUCAAUGCACUGCGAGCUGAAAACACGAAUCCGACGGAAAUGCGGAAAACAGUGACGGACUAUAUUCAAGACGAAUUUCGCAGUUUGAAAGCCCAGGCAGAGGCUCUUCAUCAUAGGCUACAGAACCACACAUGAAGAAGAUCGCAAGAUCCCUCAUCACAGGGGUAAGAAAGUUCAGUCUUGGAGAGCUGCAGAACUUCCCUUGUCAAACGCAGCUGCAUGAGUUAAUCAAGGUCUUGAAAGCUACAGGCAGGUACAGUUUAAUCCAGACUGGGUCAAAACAAGACUGCAAGACUCCAAGACUGAACUUGCUCACCUGUGCCUCAUCAUUUUUUUAGCCCAUCAGCCAACACCUGCCUUACAACUCAGCUAAAACUCUGAGCAGCGGAAAUACACACAGAUGACUUCAUUUAAAGAGGAUUAUGCACUCGUUUUAAUGAAUAUUAUAUCCUUGAUAAUGUGAACAUGGAUGUAAUGUGGGUGCAUCAGAUAAUCUCCUUAAUCAUCAAUCUGAACAUGGUGAUUUUGUUUGAUAAAUCAGUUGUCAUUUCUGAAUCAAUAACUACGGUCACUGAUGUGCAUGAGCAUGAUUUACAAUGAGAAUGCUGAAGCACUAAAUAUUUUUAAAUACAGAGAGAAAUACUUUGAAUGACAAAACUAGCGGUUUUUGUACUACAGUUUUUAUUUUUGAUGCGGUGUUUGACGGUAUUUAAUACAAAAUACUGACUGUAAAUACAAAACCUUAAUCAGUUUUUUUCUCAGGUGUACCUAUGCAUUUUAUAUCUGACAACACAUUUUGUAAUUUUAGCUUGCCAGUGUGGGACAGAGAAAACAUAUAGUGAUGUACUAUGAUACAAAAUCAAAACUACUCCUACAUCAACAAAAAGAUGCAUUGACCUAGACUAAAAAGCAAGUCAAAUGUAUUAUUAUUUUGUAAAAUACAUUUUUAGGAAGAAAUACACACCUGAAGCUAUUUCUAAAAAUGUAUAAUAAAAAUGAAAGCUGGCCAAACUGUGAUUUAUUUAUAAAUUAUGUGAUGAAAAUGUGAAUGGAAUGGACAAUGGAAAAUCUGAAUAAAAGUUUUCUUACUGCUGCUUA